UGUAGUGUAGCAAUUAUGGCGCAAAAUAGCGGCGGGAGACAGAGGCCGAACAUACUGAUAACGGGAACGCCGGGGACGGGAAAGACGACGACGGCGUCUGCCCUGGCGGAGGCGUUGCAGCUCCGCCACAUAAACAUCGGCGACCUCGUCAAACUCAAGAACUUGCACGACGGCUGGGACGAUGAACUCGACUGUUACGUCAUCAACGAAGACCUUGUGUGUGAUGAGCUUGAGGAUGUGAUGGAACAAGGUGGGAACAUUGUUGAUUAUCAUGGCUGUGACUUCUUUCCGGAGCGAUGGUUUGAUCGUGUGGUAGUUCUUCAAACCGAGAAUUCUGCUUUGUAUGAUCGCUUGACAAAGAGGGGUUACACGGGGUCAAAGCUCUCAAAUAACAUGGAAUGCGAAAUUUUUCAAGUGCUGCUGGAGGAGGCAAAAGAGAGUUAUCCCGAGGGAAUUGUGUCAGCAUUAAGAAGUGAUUGCAUUGAAGAUAUUAGUCGGAAUGUUGAGAACCUAACUAAUUGGGUUAGAAGCUGGAGCCCCUCCAUGUCAUGAUUUAAGAUAUUGCAUACUGCUUUGUUCUAUUGUACGUUUUAAUCAUUAUAUGAAAACGCAGUUCUAAAUGUUUUGGUUGUGUUUA